UUCCAACCGAGUUCAUUGUACGGCUAUCCGGUUGCCCUCCCACCUUUCCCUCCUCUUCGUCGGCCUCCAGCACUCGGAGGACCGGCGGUAUCUGCCCCCAUGGAUUACUUCUCCAAGUUUCUUCGUUCGACGACCCAGCCAAGUCCCAAAGUCGAGGUCGAUCAUGCGCAGGAAUUCCAUAAGUCAUGGGUGCUCAUCAAGAAUACGUUGAUACAUCCCGACGAGCGGCAGCUCUCGCGAGGAAUCGAAUCGACCGACGUUCCCGCUCAUCUACAGUCUAUGGUCGAUUCCCUGGUAUGGGAGUCGACACGGACCGAGGAGGGAGCCACGGGUGCUUGCCUAGAGUACUUGCUCAAGAAUGACGUAUUGGGGACCCUUGUCAAGCUCAGCGAAUCUGACCGUCCUUUCGGCACGCAAGCAGAGGUUCUAAGAGCGGUCCAGAACAUGGUCGUUCUCCUAGACGAGCAGUUCCUCGUGCACUCGGCAGUUCACAAAGCCGUACUCAGACUGCUCAGAAACUGUGUUGGCGACGACAUUCAGGAACAACUCGAUGGGCGUAACAAGGUUAUGGGUGCCGCUGGUAAUGCCGUCCGUGGCCAGCCAUCCGAGUAUGAGGAAGACCUGGUUAACCUAUUAUGCAUCCUGUGUAGCAGGAUCCGAACAUAUCGAGAGCUGCUCAUGAUCUUCUUCCACGACAAGCACUGGUAUCAUCCAGAGCCUCUUUUUGCAGUGGAAGAGGAAGACGAGGAUGAAGAGGAUGAAGACGCGGAGACCUUGGCAGACCAGGACGCCCCAGAGCCAGCGAGUGAACAGGCCGCAGAUGCGUCAAGAACACCGCGCCCCGGCUCUCCAUCGCCUUCACAAGAGACAGCAAGCUCCGCGCCCGCAUCUUCAGUGACAAAGAAGCCUGAGUAUGAGUUCUUGCUCUUCAACUACCUGCUCCGCUUCGUGCACCGGGAAGGCCGUAUCGGGGACUUCGCGCGCGCUGGCCUGCUGUUUCUUAUGGACGUCGCCAUGUCUCCGACCGGUCCCCAUAACCGGUCCGCGGGAGACGGUAUACAGCUGUCAUCCUCGACCUCAUCAUUAGCAGACUCGCAGUCAGAUCCUGCUACCGAUGCAGGCCUCGCGCUGGCGGAGUACAUCAUUGACGGGGACUUCUCUGAAGUGCUGGCGGCCGGUGUCUCUGCAGUGUAUUCCCUCCUCCCUUCGAAACUUGAGGUUCGGCCUCCUGCACCUGCGGAGAACGUUUCAGGAACUGCCAUGGUUUUGGGAAGCUCAGCCGCUGAGCUCUCGGCCGAGGAGAAGGAGAAGCAGGAGGAGAUUCGCGAGAAGAGCCGCGCGAUGGGCGUAGAGGAUGCGUCCAGUGUGGAAUUCAAGUCGCGUCUCGACCACUUCCUCAAGCUCCUCGAGUUUCUGCAGGACGUCCUCCGUCGAAACAUCAUUCGCGAGACCAGCGACGAUAGCCUCGACCCGUCCGCGCUUGUCGGCUCCGCAAUCGUGCAGUCCAUCCUGGACGCCAUACGGAGGGUCUUCCUCGAGAACGUGCUAUACCCUUCAAUCCUGGAGUGCUCAGACGCGGACGGCAGCGCCGUCGCCGUCAUGUCCUACAUCGACAUCAUGAUCCGCACGCUCCAGAACGGGCAGCUCGCCGACCUUCUGGUCGACUUCCUCAUGAGCGAGGACAACACCGAGCUCGCGCGAAGCCGCAUUAGGCAUCAGCACCAAAACACCCUCACCCUCAACGGCAAUAUGCCGCCUGUCACGCGUGCACCGGCAAACGACAAGGAGAAGAAAUUGCGGCGGCGCAGGAGUACGGCGAUGGUGCUCUUGGAGAUGGAGGCCCCGGACGCACGACGACAGUCGGAGUACUUCACGUCGAUGGGCCGCUUCACGCUGAAGGAUCUGUUGCUAAGCAGCCUGCGAUCGAAGUCCCAGCCUACGACCACGGCUGCCCUACAACUAUUGCAGUCGCUGUUGUUCCAGUACUGUCAGCUUUGCGUAGACCGACUGAUGGUCGUCAUCCGAGACCCGUAUGCCACCAGCUUCCCGCAGCCAGCAGCUCUGGAAGCGCUCAUGCCGGAGAAGCCAGCCGCGACCGAGGAAGACGACGAGGAGAUGUUCGUGUAUCCUGGUGCAGAAGACUCUCCGUUGGGUCGCAGUGCAAGCCCAGCUCCGGACAGCUCGAUGCUCUUCGUGCAGCCCGACACUACGUACUGGACGCACGAACGCGAGAUGGGCCUGUACCUCACCCUCGUCUCGCGUGUGGACCCUAACCACAACGAGGAUGCCUUCAGCACGGGGUACGAGCACUACCUCCGGGACGCGCUGCUAUCCAUCGAGAACUCGAUGUGCUUCCAGCAAGACAUGGAUCCCGAGGCGAGGUCGAAGAUGAAGCACAGGCUGAAUCCCAACGAUCCCGUGCUCUCUCUGGUCCUGGAAUCGCUGCGCAGGUUCUUCUCGAACACGCCAGAAAUGAACAUGGCCCUGACAGGCGUCCUCGCGACUCUCGCGACGUGUCCGGACCGCUCACUUGCAGGCUGGCUGACGUUCGCGCCGAAGGAAACCGACGCAGGACCGAACGGAGCAAGCGCGGAUAGCAGCGUGUUCACGUAUGGGGACGAUGGAGACGACCGCUCAGUCGACUUCCGAAUUGAAGAGCGACUGGCAGCGGAGUCACACUUCUUGCCCGCGUCUAGCAUCGACGAGCAGUCUCGCCCUGUCGUGCACUCCGUCUUCCAUGGCCUCGUCUCGCAGCUGGAGCGCUACCGGCAAAUGGUAGACAACUUCGACCAGUACCUGAUGGAGCGCAGGCAGGGCCUGUUGUUCAACGAAAAUCUGACCGAUGCGCUCACGCUCGCCAUCGACUUUGAGGGAGGUGCGAUGCCCAAGUCAACAGCUACGUUGUCUGCGACCGGGACUGCAGUCCCUGAGCUUAUUACGCCUAGACCGAAGCCAAAAGCGAAGUCAGCGUCGUCCACUCUCGUGUCCUUCCUCACUCCCAAGAAGAACAAGUCACAGAAAACCCUCCUCUCAGAGCCUACCACGCCGCCGCGGGGCGCUGACCGUGCGGUCGACGCGAGUCCAUUCGGGCCGCACUACCAGAAGACCGGCGCGAUCGUCGUCGAGCCGUUCGCUGCGCCUGCGCCGUCUUCAGGCCCCUGGACGCCAAAGAAGUCGCGGCGGUGGAACGCAGACGAGGAGGACGUCUUCGGGUCGUCGGCACAGUGGGGUGAGAGCCGGUUCAAAGCAGAGCACAACGACGAGGAACUUGAGAGCACGGAGGACGAGAGGCAGGUAAAGCCCGCGAGCGUGACGCUGUCGAGGUUGCUGGACAAUGUCGUAAUUUUGGAAGAGUCGAUCAAGGAGCUGGUCGCGAUCAUCCAUGCGAGACGUAGCCUUGGGAUCGACUCAAUUCGAUAUCUGUAGAUUUAGUACAUACUACCUGGUCUCCCUUCGGACAUGUGCAUAUGCUUGGUUCGCAUUCAUAUACCACACGAGCUUCAGACAGAUCGACGAAUACUUAGCAA